UGUCCUAUUGGUCGCUUCCGUCAAUGUAAACAUGUAGCCGGUUCCCCAGUCAAUGGCGUAACCGCACUGCUAUUGAGCCGCGUUUCCUAAGUGUCAACACCUGUGUCAGUAGGUCGGAUAGUGAUGGAUGUGUCGCUGGAAAUAGCCGUUUCGGAACCGUAUCAAUGUUGUGUUAACUUGAUGACUAGCUAGCAAUGAGUAGCCAGUUAGCUAACUACCGGUCUGUGUUUGUAUGGGCUGGCCUUGCUAAUUAGACAGCUAGUUAGCUUCCAGUUGGCAGCCACGAAGGGCUACGUUGAUGACGGCCAAGCAAAGGAGGAUAGCAAGUCAUGUAAUUUAACGAGGACUCGCGUCAAGAAACGGAGACUACCCCCAACAACAACAAAUGAGUAAAUCUCGAGGUGCUGGUGCCUCGUCACCGGUGACCGGAAAACAAGGGACCGACUGGGACACCAGACGGAAAAGGAAAGCUGCGGACAUCACACAUGCCCUCGGUGCGAGUCCAGUGGACGUGGCUGCUUUGAGGAGGAUGGCCAUCAGUGAGGGGGGUCUGCUGACUGAUGAACUACGCUGUCAAGUUUGGCCUCGGCUCCUCAACGUCCCUCCUCACGUCUUGGAACAAGAGCCAGAAACGGUAGAGCGGGAGAAUAACAAGGACUACAACCAGGUGCUGCUGGAUGUCCAGCGCUCGCUGCGGAGGUUCCCUCCUGGUAUGCCAGAUGAGCAGAGGGAGGGUCUCCAGGAAGAACUAAUUGACAUCAUCCUUCUAGUUCUGAAACGCAAUCCCCAGCUGCACUACUACCAAGGAUACCAUGACAUUGUUGUCACCUUCUUACUGGUCCUGGGAGAGCGCCUUGCAACGGCUCUGGUGGAGAAGCUCUCCACGCACCACCUCAGGGACUUCAUGGAUCCAACCAUGGAUAACACAAAGCACAUUCUUAACUAUUUGAUGCCCAUCAUUGAGAGGGUUAACACUGAAGUGCAUGACUUCAUGCAACAGUCGGAGGUGGGCACAGUCUUCGCUCUCAGUUGGCUGAUCACCUGGUUUGGCCACGUCCUGGCAGACUUCCGGCAUGUUGUCCGGUUGUAUGACUUCUUCCUGGCCUGCCAUCCGUUGAUGCCAAUCUACUUUGCUGCUGUGAUCGUGCUGCACCGAGAAGAGGAGGUGUUGGAGUGCGAGUGCGACAUGGCCAUGGUUCAUCACCUGCUCUCUCAGAUUCCCCAGGAUCUGCCCUACGAGACGCUCGUCAGCCGAGCGGGAGACCUCUUUGUCCAGUUCCCUCCCUCCGAGCUGGUCCGCGAGGCUGCCUCGCACGACAGCAUGGCGGCCUCUACCUUUAAGGACUUUGACCUUGCGUCCACUCAACAGCGACCGGACUCUGUCCUCCGUCGCCGUCGGCGACAGAAACAGGCCGCGCUGGAGCGCUCGGCAGCGAGCGCGGUAGCGGUGGCGGCCCGGCCCUCGGCGGCGCGGCGCUUCGUCCGACUGGCCGUCAUGGGUCUCACGGUGGCGUUGGGGGCGGCGGCUCUCGUCGUGGUCAACACGGCCCUGCAGUGGGCCCCCAAACUGAACUUUUUCCCCUGAACCGCUCCUCAUUUACUCCGAUGCGCCAGCACAUCUGUUCGUGAAUGCCGGUGGGUCCGUUUCCAAGAACCCUUUUCGAUUCAUGAACCCACAAACCACGCCCUCCAACCCGGUCCGGAGCGACCGCUCGACACCGAAGCGGCGACCGCUCCUCGUUUCCUCUCCCGUGUCUUAGCGCCCCAUGUGUGGCCUCCACGGUCCUUUUUUAUGACUCCUGAAGAGCGGGCGCCGGUCAAGCAGCUCCUCCGGCUGGUGCUCUGAGAUGAAGAGCCCGCCUUGUUCUAAUGAAGACGCUUUUUAUAGGAACUAUUACCGAUGCUGUCACUAAUAAAGCUUUAUUUAUAUUCGG